UAUAUAACGGGGGACGGGGGGUGGUCAUGAGGUCAUGAGGUCCUCAUGACCACUGCUGUAAAUAUCUACACUGAGUAAAAAAAAGUAAGUACACGUGCUGUGUUAGUGGUAAUCAAUACGUUUUCAAGAAGGAAGGCGGAAGUAAAAUAUGAAUAUAUAAAUGUGAGAGCAGAUUCAAAUCUGUUCAGGGGUUCUCCCCGUGUCACCUGUCUGGAGUUUCCUCAUGGAAAAAGUUUCUGUGUCUCUAGUUACACAAGACCUUGUGUCCAUGGCCAGACUUGACAACGGAUGGCUUCUCUCCAUCUUUUUGGUCAUCGUGCCAAACACGAAGGGCUAUCUAGCCCAGCAAGGGGGUCCGCCUCCCCCAACUCGUCUCGAGUGCUGUAUUCCCUAUGAGGAGGAUAGCGGCGUGAUGGUGCGGUCACCCAUCCAGUGCGUAUGGGACCCAGGGCCUCCCUCCAAGACCCCCUCCAUCUACACCUUACACUUGGAGUCUGCUGACAACAGUGUGCAAAAGUUCAAUGGGAAUAGUACAAAUGCGUGUAUUCCACCGACGCUGUGGUCCAGCCACAGUGAGCUGACUGUGUGGGUUGAGGCCAAGAACCAGCACGGUUCUGCCUUCUCUCCAAGGUCCACCUUCAACACAGCCAAGAUCAUGAAAUCAGCUACCCCCAACAUCACUCAGCACACCCUGGCGCCUCUGGAGAUAUACUGGGAGUCAAAGUGUUCAAAGCAGGGUCUCUCUGAGGGCGAAUGCAAGGUCCGCCACCGAGUGCUCCCAGGUGUAAGCUGGGCAGAGGUAGAGGAGGGAUUCCAGGGCGUCUACUGCUUAGAAAAAGUCCUUCCAUAUUCAUGGUAUGAGUUCCAAGUACGCUGUUCGUGUCUUGGGAGCUCACUGAGUGACUGGAGCAAAGUGUAUAAGGUGAAGAGCCCAGGAGCAGCUCCUGUUGGUAUGCUGGACGUAUGGAGUGAUUGCCAAUUAUCACCUCAAAGCGCUGAGUGCGCGCUCAUGUGGAAGACGCCUCCAGGGUGGAAUGCUGGAAGUGAAAUCCUCGGUUAUUUGGUAACGUUGUCUCAUUUGAACGGCAUGGUUACCCUGGUGAACGUGUCCAUGGUUGACAAGGCAAGCGACCAGUUGACCUGUGACAAGAAGCUGUGCCACCCUAUGGCCAAAGAUGUGACAGCUGUGAAUGUAUCAGCCUACACUGCAUAUGGGGCCACAACACCUGCUUGUCUUCGUAUACCUCUGACAGCACAAUAUAACAGAGGGGAAGCUCUUCAGCUAAGUAUGAGCGCUGAAAGACUUUUAGUGUCUUGGAAUCCCCCUACUGGAUUCAUAAACAACCAAUCGAAAUAUGUGGUGCAGUAUAAGCAGGCUGGACUCCUGAAAACUCCUGCCCAAGGCUUCGAUUGGAUCAGACUGGACAGGACCCAGAUUAAUGCCACCCUGACAGGCCAGUUUGAGAAUUACACCGCCUACCAAGUGGCAUUGUUCUUGGUAUCUCCCUACGGAGCCAGUGAUCACAUUUCAUCUGCAGUUGGAUAUGUUCAUCAAGGAAUCCCUCCCAAAGUGCCCUCCUUUGAAGUGGUUAAAGUCAAGGCCAACAGUGUGAAGGUGAUUUGGACGCCAAUUCUCCUUCCUCAGAGAAGAGGGGUGAUUGUAUGCUAUCAAAUAGGAUUGGACAGCCAAGGAGUGCAUAAUUUGAGUGAGCAUCAAGGUGAUAAAGACAGGAGCUUUCGGUUGGAUGACCUCGAGCCUAGCCAAAACUAUGAGGUUUGGAUCAGGGCCAUCACUGAGGCUGGGCCAGGACCAAAGUCCACAGCAACAUUCAAAACAGAGGGCUUUGAUUUCAACCCUCUGUUUUUCCUGGUUAUAUUUUUUUCAUUCAUACCUUUCCUCUUGAUAUGGAAAUAUUCCUGGGUAAUUAAGGAAUGCAUUGGUUUUAAGAAAGUGCCUGACCCAAGCAACAGCCAUGUUUUUCAAAAGAUGAACAACCAGAUCAACUUUUGCAUCCCUGUGGAAGAGCCUGACCCUGUGCUGUCGCACCUGGAGAUCAUUAAAUACAAGUUGGCCGGAGGAAAGAUUGGACACCGAGGAUCACAGGGGGCCAUUGGGGGUCUGAUGGACCAGGGGGAAUUGGCAGGCGAAGGGAACACUGCUUCUAGAGAGGACUGCUACAGCAAAAUGACAGACUCGGACGAGGACAGAGACGAUUAUGAGAAGCACUUCCUUCCAACUGCUAUGGAAAUUAUGUGUCUUUGAUGGUAAUGCGAUGGUUUGGUGUUGUCAAUAACGGCACAAUGUAUUUUUUGACUUUUUACUCACUGUUAAAUAUUUCUGGAUUAAAUUGUUUUAUUUUUC